UGAUAAGGGGAACUGUGUUCGUGCAUGUUGAUGAGGUGCAUCUUGUGUAGGUGCCUCCCACUUCUACUCUCCAGCAGGAACCGAUGACAAGGCUGCAACCUGGAAUGCAAGCUCAGCACUCAUAAAGGGUCUCCCUCUCUUUGUGGCCAUGACUGAACUCUUUAACAAAGCAGCAGAAGAAGUGAAGGUGCUGAAAACACGGCCUAACCGCGACGAAGUGCAUGCACUUUAUGGUUUAUACAAGCAGGCCACAGUUGGGGACCUUGAUUCUGAUCGUCCAGGGAGAUUUGAUAUGAUAGGAAGACUAAAAUGGGAUGCGUGGAAUGAAAAGAAAGGUCUCUCCAAGGAAGAGGCAAUGGCUGCCUAUGUUGAUUUGGUAGAGAAGCUGAAAACAAAAUACGGGAUCUAAGAUCUAUGUCCCCCAAGUGAUUUUUCUUUUCAUUUUGAUACUCCCAAAGGAAAAAAAAUGCAAUACUAAAUCUUUUAUUUGGAUACUAAAGUUGAACCUUCAUCCUGAUUUGCGGUUCCUUGUAAUGAAUCUCUCAAUUUUUAACCUGUUAAAAUUAAAGCAUAGAUAAAUUACCAAAUUUUAAUCAAAAGACUUUGUACAUUGUGUGCCUCCUUUACUUCCAGUUGUACGCUUCGAGCAGUUUUUUUCCCCCCAGCAUCUCACCAUUGUCCGGCAGGCCACUGUCCACUGACGACAUUCCAGUCAUGGUUGCCUUCAGGGGCCCAGUUAUAACAGUGCAAUCAAAUAAAUGUAUAAUUGCUAUAUGAUUCUAAUGCUACCCACAAAAUCAGUUUGGUAAGCAUUCUGGAUUUAAGGUCAUUGUUCGUUUCACAUUCUGUACAGUAAAGAGAUGCAAAAUGAAGCUCCUAAGUGUAAAUGAAUCGAUUUAAUUAUAAUUUGAAUUGAAUGUCAACAGCCUAACGCUUUUCUUUUUAGGAAAGUGUAAUAUGAUUAAUUUAUCUUUUUAGGAAGUGAAAGCUGUACAAAAGUGUAUUAAAAAUAGUUUAAACAAUGGGAAUUAUCUUGGUAUUGAAAACAUCAUUGGCAUAUGUUAUUUCUCGAACAUCGUAGAGACUGUUUGUGCGUAAAUACUGCUGGAAGUUGCAUUUGUACUGUAUUUUGGUUGUGCAACAUUGUUAUCUACAUUUGUGUGAUGCUUAACAAACACUGUUUUGUUCAAAGCAUAAUGCUAUCUAUUGAUGCCGAGCUGCACUAAGUUCCCAAACUAUGGGCGUAUACCUUUAGUGGAAGGCAGUUACACUCUUCAUCCAUCACCUAAUACUGUUAUUUUUUCUGUCAGAACCAAAGAAACACCUCACAAUAUUACACAAUUGCAAUACAAUAGAAUUUCCAUUACCAUGGUUUUAUGAUGCAUAACUUGUUUUGAGCAUAAAUUGGUCAAAAACGAUAGCAACCCAUAUAAAAUGACGUUUAGCCAUUGGACCUUGUGCAUAGAGAGUGAAUGUGCUUUUCAUGUCAAAUCCCAGGCCCUUUUUUUUUUUUUUUUUUUUUACAGUAGGCAUAAAUCCAGACUUGAGCAGGAGUGUAUAGCGCUCAUGCACAUGACGUCACCAUUUUCAUGGAACCAUAUUGCCGGUCAAACAGAGCUACUCGCCAUUGUGGGAGACAUUGAACAGGAGGGGAAUAUUUACAAUACCCUAGAUCUGUUGUGCUUUUGGUUGUCACAACAGACGAGGUAGAUAUACAAAGAGGUCAUUCUAUAGAAUACCAGCUCAAAAGACCAGAAAUAUCGAUGGAUUUUGGCAAUUUAAUGUGAUGGAUGGUGCCCAACCAAAUACACACGCUUGUGUAGUGAUCACUUCAUUUCAGGUAGAAAUUAUUCUUAAUCUCAAAUUCCAAAGUAUUUAUAACGCCAAGUUGACUCAUUUGAGAAUACAUAUUUAAAAAAACAAAAACAUAUGUCUCACAGAGGUUUAGAAGUGAGUGUGUGCGUGUGGAGGAGCCGACUCCCCGUCCACUUUUUCUUCCAAUCAUAAUGAAUGCGGUUUGUGUAAAACCAGGGGUCAUUUAUUUAAAUAUGGGUAUUUGUAUUGAAUACUAGCUGAAAAGAUCAAUGAAUU